AGGGAGUAAUAAAUUAAAAUAUAUCUAUGAAAGGACUUGUUAAUUAAUUACAAUAUUAUUAAUUAACUUUUCAAAAAUAUAAAUAAUAGGGUACAGUAAGAUAUUUCAUGAUUUAAAUAAAUAAAUAAAACAAAAUUAUUUUGUUAAUUUAUUAAAUAAAUCAAUAAUUCAUUUAUUAUUUAAAUUUAAAUAGCAAGUAAUAUUUUUUAUUCACUUUCAAGUUUAUACUAGAGAACCAAUCUAUCAAUUACUAAAUUAAUUAAUUAAUAAAUUAAUCAACUCAUUAAUAUUUAUUUUCAAAAUAGAUGGUACGGGAAGUAAUAAUUUUUGAAUGA